ACGUGACUAAUUUGCUAUCUCCCAUCUCCCAACCAACCCCACACUCAGAUCAUCCCAUCCUACAGAUCAGUCGUGAAUCUGAAUAUAUAUACUCAUUGAUGAUCUUUUAACAACUUGUUGUGAAUAAUUAGGCAACAAUGGAUCGAAUCAUCUCUGUCUCUCUCGAUCCGCCCCUCAACUCCGUCUCCUACGCCAAAUCGCGCGUCCUCGAGUUCGACGCAUUCGUCGUCACCACACCGGAACUUCAGGAACUCCCUCCUUCCUUCGAGAUCCAGAUCUGGUGGAGCACAAACGACAAAGAAGAGUGGAUUGCGUCGUCUCUACAUCUUAACCGCGCACGUGAGCCCUUGAGACUCUGCUCGGUGGCCUCGGCUGACGCGGGGGUGGGCGCAAGUGGCAAGCAGAAUCACAUUCAUCAGUUCUCGAUCAGCUUUGUUCCGCCGUACAGUGCGUCCUCGCUGCAGUUCACUGCCAGAUACAGAUUUGAAGAAAAUACAGACUGGACAUGGUGUGGCCGCAUCGAAACCAACGGCGUCAUCGAGCUAUCUCGUCCCCGGCGCAACGGAGGCAACGCUGCGCCCAACCUGCAUGACCUGUUCUCGGAAAUCUCAACUGACCUUGAAGCUUCUGAGCUUGUCAGCGAGGUACCAAACUCAAGAGCUUGGAAAGUCAGCGGUCUCUCUGCACCGUCGUUGACGGAACCUACAAGAGCAGCGCUGGGGAAACCGAUCGGUAUGCAGCGGUACUUGUCCUUAGUUCGCAUCCAGCAUUCCUGGAUGGGGCCUCGGCACGGCACCAAGGACUUUUUUAUCGACAGGGAGUCGUUUAUGGUUUUAUUCCAGCGCGAGGAUGGCUAUAAUGUUUGCGUGUUACCGCUUUCAAACUUGAAGAACCAUCUUAUCUUUUACCUGCAGUCCGGAGGAGGGAAAAUCCUCUUUGAGGUCUCCAACACCGCAUCGGGCCAUCAGACAUUUUCUGCUUUUGUUGGCGUCAGCCGAGAUCCGAUGCAAGCCGUCCAGACUGCGUUUUACUCUCUAAGAUCUAACGUUCAGACCUUGUCACCGUAUUCCUCGCAGCUGCUUAACUCUGCAGUGCCGGGCGAGUCAUCAGACCAGUCUGUAGAGCCCACCGUUCAGCCGAUAGUUACCAGCGGAGGCUUGAGUAGGCCAGUCAAUGGAACCUGGUAUGAACAGUGGCUGGACUGUAUGGGAUUCUGUACCUGGAAUUCAAUGGGCAUCGACGUCUCUCAUGACAAAAUCAUGACCGCUCUCCAGUCGCUUGAAGACGCAGGUAUUCGUGUCGGACUGGUCAUUAUCGAUGACGGAUGGCAACCCACUGAUUCCAACCGGCGCUUGCUGGCCUUUGAAGCCAACGAAAAGUUCCCCAACGGUCUAAAGUUCACUGUCGACUCUAUCAAGAAUAAGUUUCCCUACGUCAAGCACGUGGCGGUGUGGCAUGCGCUUCUGGGCUAUUGGCAUGGAAUCUCUCCAGACGGCGAGAUUGCUAAAAAGUAUGAGCUCACCAAAGGACGCUUAUACAAUGAAGACGUAUAUGUCGUCAGUGGGGACAGCAUCAAGCGUUUCUACGACGACUAUUAUGGAUUUCUGUCUUCCAGCGGCAUCACAGUCGUCAAGGCAGAUGUACAGAUGCACAUCUACGAUCUCGAAGGCGACCACAUCCGUCAGAGCGAUAUCUACAAGCAGUAUCAAGACGCACUGAAGCUGCAGUCGAUGCGCUACUUUAGCAGACGUAUAAUCUACUGCAUGGCCAUGAGUCCGCAGUACUAUUAUUACGCGCUGAUCCAGACAAACUACACAAAGCCAGUGCUGCGCAACUCCGAUGAUUUCUUCCCCAAUAUCCCAUCAAGCCACCACUGGCACGUGUACUGCAACGCAAUGAACAACACCCUUACUUCCUUGCUGCACGCGGUCCCCGACUGGGACAUGUUUAUGACCACUGUCGCGCCGUACUCCAGCAUGCACGCUGCAUCACGCUGUUUCUCAGGCGGGCCGGUAUACAUCACCGACACUCCCGGCUUUCACGACAUGGAAAUCCUUUCCCAGAUCCAGGCGGAAACGACGCGCGGAACCUCAGUCUGCUUGCGGCCGUCGCGACAAGCACUGGCUCUUGAUCCCUACUUCAAUCUCAAGGAUGGAAGACUGAUGUAUCUCACAAACUUCUACGGUGGCGCGGGCGGGUUCAGUCUUCUCGCUGCUUUCAACAUCAACGAGAACGACAACGCAGAAUUCGUCGAACCCAUCCGCCGCUCGAUGUUUUCCGCACUCGCCACCGAUUCAGAAUACGUCGUUUUCUCCUACAAGACUGGCAACACUGCCGAAUUCUCGACCUCCAGCAAUUCAAGCGACGACCCAGCUCUGAUGCUAACCCAGCUCAAGACCAACGAAUGGGACAUCUUCACCGCCGCCCCUCUCGCCGUCGUCAAGUCGCAGUUCAAGACCACCAAGAUCGGCGCGAUCGGUGUCCUCAACAAAAUCACCGGCGCGGCAGCUAUCCAGCGCCAACAAAUCGUCGUCCCAGUCACGGGCCGAGCGCUCCUCGACAUUGACGUCAAAGUCCUCGGCACGCUCGGCAUCUACAUCUCUGAACUGUCCGCAUCAGGCGGCAUGGCCGCCAUCGCGAAAUUGCUCAUCACAAUCCAGGGUCUCGUCAUGCCGAUGUCGUCGCUAUCCACGCAGGGAAAUAUCUUGAAAAUCGAUCUCGAUUCGGCGUGGAGAGAACUUGAUUUACAAGCUCGUUGGUCCAACGAGAUUUCUUUGCGGGUUUACAUCACUUGAUACACCCUACACAAACUUAUAUAUCUUUCGCUAUGCUUUUUCUAUUUUCUCGCUAUUUAGCUACAUUCAUUACUCUAUCUGUGUCUGAGCAGCAGGGUCGCGCGCGCAUAUGGAGGUUCAUCUAUUUCUUGCUACUUUUACUUUAUUCUAUCCGGGUUCAUGGGGGUACUAUUCAUUUCGUUUCAUUGUCAUAGGGUUAUAAGGGUUAUAGGGUAUACACUUCAUUAUGUAGGGUUUCAUUUUAUCUAACAGGUAUGGGUAGGUAGUGCAAUACAGU